AUGGGGGCUGAAGAGGGAUCACCAAUUGCUGAUUCUCCUGAAGAAAAGGCAACCGAGGAAUCUCAUGUAGAAACGCCAGCCGUUGAACGUCGCUCCUUAAGCUCAGGUAAAAAGGCCCUUACUGCGGCAGAGGAAGGCGAGUAUGAUAGGAGAAUUCGCAAGAGAAAGCCUGUCGCCGCUAAAAACUCUAAGAGGGUCAAAUUGAUGGAGGACGCGAUGAAAUCUGCACCUGCUAUGUGCUUGGCAGACAAGGAAGAUGACGUGCUUCAAUCGAUCCCUUCUACUCCUGAAGAGGCGGGCACCGACGAGAUAUUGCCUAUUGAGGGUUUGGAAUCUGCUUCUCCUCCUCUCGUCCGGGACCAAGGUAUAUGUGGAGGUCAUCCUUCCGAGGUUGCUCCUCCACCUACUAAGGAUGAGUAUGGAGAUCCGAUCUAUCCCACUGUUCCUCCUCCACGCUCGAGAGCUUUGAAAAAACUGGUUGAGGAAUUGGAGGAACUAUCUGAUAAAAAGACUCGCAUAACGAUCCUAAGGAAGCAGCAUUCUCAAGCAUAUGAUAAUAUCAAAAGUGUUGCUUCUGACAUUCGUGCCACUGAAGAAGCUAUUACUCAAUUAGAGGCUGAGUUGGAUCAGAAGAAAACCCAAUUGGCUCAAUAUGAGGAUGUCAGAAAAGGGCUUGAGCUUCAAAGUAGCCAGGUUUAUACGGAUUUUUGCCGCACGCUCCACGCGGCUAAAAGGAUUCGAAGAGAUAUUGUUGUUGCUGCCCCUGUCGAAGCGGAACUCAGAAGGGAGAUCAAAGAACAAGUUCGAACAGCCCACCAGAAGAAACUUUCUGCUUUUAAGUCCAGGCCGAAAUCUCUUAAGUUGAUGAAGCCUGAUGUUUAG